AUGCCCAAUGUACAUACUUUAAGAGAUAUCGAAAAUAGAGGGGUGGUUGAGGGUCCACUAAGUAAACACACCUCCUCAGGUAAUCGGCUUGGUAGCAUCCGAGAAUCAGAACUUGAGAAAGCAUUGCGCGGUAACAUCAAAACUGCUUCUGAUAUUGCUAAUGAUUAUAAAGACCUGCAGAACAUAUAUUUAGAGCGAGUGAAGGAUUUUAAUCGUAUCUGUUCGGGCUUUAACAAUAAGUUUAGUCGGCUGAAUACAGCUAAUACUGAGCUCAAAGCCAAAUAUUCUGCUGAAAUCAAAUCGCUCAAAUCCAAUAUUAAAAUACUAGAGAGAGAGGCAACUUUGGCCCAGAAAGCUUCGUCCGCUGACAAGGUCCAGAUUCUUUCUCUUGAAGUUAAAAUACGUGAAUUGGAAGGUAAGUUGGAGGACAUAGAUCUAGAGCGUACAUAUUAUGAUUUGGAUGUAAUGGGAGGAGUGAUAGAAAAGCCAGUAGAAAUGCCAAAGUUACCAGAUUGGCUUCAUGAUAAUUUAAGAAGUAUUGUCUGUAAGAUCGGGCUCAAAGAUAAAGUAAUGGAACUUGAUAAAAAACUUGCUAAGGAAGAUAUAUUGGAGGUGUUGCAAAAAGUAAUAUUAGAAAAAGACCACCACCUUCAAGAUGCCAAUGCUCGCCUAAAAAAGGCAUUAUCAAAGAAAGAUUCCCUCCUUCAUGAGGCCAAUACUCAUAUAAAAAAACACUUAGCCAGUUUUGAAAAAAAAACCAGUCCUGAUUCUUUUGAGACCCUGCAGGUAAUUGGGGGAACUGAUAUCUCCAAUACUACUUUAGCAUUACCCCACUUGCACUCUAUUACUGGACCAGAAGCAGAAGAACCAAAAGACAGGACUGCCUCCUAUGAAACUUCGUCUUUUGGAUAUGGAUGA